AUGCACUUUACCAACAUCGCUGCCCUCUCUAUUGCGGCUCUGGCCUCUAUUGCCAGUGCCGUCGGCAAUGCCAAGGUCCACAACAACUGCAAUGCUCCUAUGUACCUCUGGUCCGUUGGCGGCUCCGUCAGCAACGUCCACAGGAUCAACCCGGGCGAGACCUUCAGCGAGCAGUUCCAUCGGGACCCUACCUCGGGAGGCAUCGCGCUAAAGAUCACUCGCACCCCCAACGGCCUUUACGAUGGCAGCCCUCAGCUCAACUUCGCCUACACCCUUGACCCCAACCAGCUGUGGUACGAUUUGUCGACUGUCUUCGGAACUGCCUUCCAGGGCAAGGUGCUUACCGUUACCUCUUCCAACGAGGCAUGCCCGACUAUCUGCUGGCCCGAUGGAUCCCAGCCCGCUGGGAGCCAGGUCAAGACCUGUGAUACGGUCUCAGACGAGACCCUUACCCUUUGCGCUGAUCAGUGCCCUUAG